AUGCUGGCUGAAACGUCGUCACCUCCACUUCCUUCAAGACCUCACUUGGAUUUAUCUUCCUCCCCUCAGAGUAGCUCUUCAAACACACAUGAAAAAGAUGUUCCAUCAAUUCCGCCGUUUGAUAACAAGUCUACAGAAAGUAACAGGAUCAGAUUCCAAGCAGAUGAUACUUUGUCAUUUAUAUCUGCUGACAGACAGCUGGAGCUUUAUGCCCUGCCAGCGAUGAAUGAAGGGUUCAAUUGGUUAGUCAAUGAUCCAUCUUUCAAUCAGAAUAUCGUAAUUCCAAACGUGACAACCGACGAUGAAUCAGUUCAAUUUUGGAAUGAAAUCAUUCGCGACUACAGUAAUCAAUGGAUUAGACGACACGAAGUUGAAAAAUUGGAAAGUGAAAUAUUAAAGGGAAUCCCAUCGGACUAUAGAUCUAUUGUGUACUUGAGAACGUUGCAAGUGAGAUACAAGUUUAAUCACGGCUCCUCGUUUGGGGAGUUACUAAAGCGAAGCCAUAAAUACAAGGAUGACAUAGGGAAACUUAGUGACAAACAAGAGGUUGUCGACUUGACUCUGUUGGUAUUGUCCAUCAUUGAGGAACAGGAAACAAAUGGGCGAGCCAUGAAAGACGCAGCACUUGAUAGGUAUUUGGUGAGGUAUGCCGAGUUGCUAACAGUGAUACCUGGCCUUUCUGAGGAGAGAAGAUUGUUUAUCUUGAUCAAAUUCUACAAGCUAUACGAAGUGGUGAAACGGGAAGAGUUUAUGUACAAAAUCAACCGGGCAUUAGAGGACAAGCUAGGAUCUUUUAAACAUAUAGCAAGUCAAGGAAUUAAUUGGUCUGCAUACUAUAAAAAGGUGGUCCCGGAACUAAUUUUCGGAAAGUUUGAUCUAGAUGUUAGCUUGAAAAUUUUGGAUUUAUUCGUGUUUGAAGGAUUCGAUUUCAUAUUGCGAUUGCUAUUGUGGGUGUUCAUAAAAGAUGACGACAAGCUUGCAUCACUAUCUGGAGAUGGCUUACUAACCUUUCUUCAAUCGAAAGAAUUCUUUUCAGAGUCCGAUUUAAAUUUACGUGAUGUGUUGGAACUCAACCCACCGUUGAUUACCUACGAGAAUGAGUUCUAUUUGAUGGAGGCAAAUUCACUCAGUAACAAUAAAAAUGAGUUGAAAAACUUGACUGAAGUGUAUGAUGAUUUGUUGUUAAAAAUCAAUAAUAUGAAGGUUCAGAUUGAAGAGCUACAAUCUACGCAUACUGAAAUAUCACAGCAAAGUGAGGAGUACAAUGUAAAUUUAACCGAGGCUGAGCUUGAGCGCAAAAAGUUGAUUGAAGAGAAAGAGCAAUUGCAGAAGAAAUAUGAACAUCUCACGAUGAAAGAGAACUUGGCAAACACAAUCAAAGCCAAUGAAGAGUUUUCGCAGAGGAACGUUGAGUUGCAACAGCAACUAGAAGCCUUGAAAAAGUCUAUAGAGGAUAAAAAACACAAGAUGGCUAAAACAAUGGUUAAUAACCAAUAA